AUGGCCACCACCUCCAUCGCCUCGAUGGGCGGCCUGCUCACCUCCCCCAUCGUCCUCGGCGCCUCCCUCCUCGCCGUGCUCGUCCUCUACCUCGCCGUGACCGGCUCCUCUUCCUCGGCCGCUGGCAAGGACGGCAAGGUCCAGCAGGAGCCGGCUGGCUUCCUCGUCUACUGCCGCUUCAUCUACGCCAACUUCAUCAAGCCGUUCCAUACCCCGUCCUCCGCCGGCGCCCCCUCGGGCCAGCAGCAGGCGCUCGAGAACUUCUACCAGACUCAGGUACUUCCACAUCAUCGUCAUCACCACCGACGGCGAGACAACGGCGCCCCCGCACCUGACGGCGACGAGACUUAUGAUAGACUGGUGUUGACGCUGUGUGAACAGGCUUCCGUGUACGAUGCGACUAGACGCCGUCUGCUCAGGGGCCGAGAGGACAUGCUCGGCCUCCUCGCGGCGCAGCUGAGACUCAAGAUGGCCUCCAAGGACCACAAACCCGUCUGGGUUGACGUACGUCUUCUUCUUCUCUUUCUCUAUCUUUCUCUCUAUUCAUCUUUUCUAUCCCGCUAA